GCUUCACUGGCUCAGUGCAAAUCGACGCACUGAAGGUGUCAGUUGGCUCCCGACGGUCCUACUCUCAGCUCCUCAGCCGACGCAGCUCUCAGCGAUUUUGACGCAAAUUUCAAACGUCAGGUGAGGACAUCUUAAAAACCGGAUAAAGCUACCUACUUUUUGGAAACAACUUCUGAUCCAAGGGCGUGGCACCGACAACAAUCGAGCAACAGGAUGCUGGCUCUGCCUCUGCUGACUCUGGCAAUCCUCGCCAGCUGCGGCUACUCCGUGGAGGCCUACUCGAAGUACGGCCGUGGAUGCGGGGACAUUGGAUGCCUGCCCACCGAGGAGUGCGUCAUCACCAGCGACUCGUGCAGCUACAACCAGCGGGAUGGCAAGGACUGCGGCAACUACCCCACCUGCAAGCGCCGCUCCGGCGCAGGAUCGUCCUCGGCCUCGAACAGCAGCCCCAAUUCGGCAGCCCCCUCGGCCAAUCCGUCAGGAUCGAGUCUGGGCCAGGGACCCGAGAACAACAUCUUUGCACCCGCCUCAUCGAACCCCACGCUUAACACUUACACGUACAACGGCCAUCAGCAGGGUGGCCACGACGGCCACGAUGGCGGGAUGAACGGAAACGGAAAUGGGAACGGGCACGGGCACGCCGGAAACGGAAACGAUCGCGACAAGGGCGGCAACGCGGGGGCCGCGGGCGCCUCCUCCACGGGCGUCAUCGACCCGCACUACGUGUUCGGGGCGAAACACCACAUGCCCGUCAUACCGAACAUGCCGAUCUUCCCGUACAACUCGCCCACGUCGGCGCCCUCGUUCCAGCAGUUCCCCCAACCGAACCAUCCAGGCAGCGUCCUCAACCCCGGCUACCCGAUGCACGGCCUGCAGCCGGUGAACCCCUACAAUCCGCCCUUCGUCUUCGGCCAGCUGCCCUUCUACGGCGGCGGCGGACCGACCGGCACCGGCGGCCCGCCCGGCGGCGGUGGAGGCGGUAAUGGUGGCGGCGGCGGUGGCGGAAACGGCGGCAUCGGCGGCGGCGUCGGACUGCCCAGCUCGACGUUGGGCAUCCUCGGCGGCGGCGGCGGCGGCCUGGCGCCCUACGGCAGCAACUUCCAGGGAUACCAGAGCCAGCACUCCAACGCGAACAUGUACAACAAGCCGCCGCCACAGUACCAGAACCAGAACCAACAGAAUCCCUACAACCGGCGCACCCAGGCGCAUCCCUCGGCAGCCGGCAGACUGCGCGGAGAUGGAGGCGGGAUCCUCGGCCUGGCAAUGGGGCUCAUCCUGGCCAGCCUCCUGCCCCACACGUAAUAAGCAGGAGCCAGAGCACACAAAACCACCCCGACGACCCCCUGGAAAAUUAACCCCUUCAUCAUCACGGAAAGUCGCCAUUUUCACGGAGUUUUCACAGUCAUAGCCUUAUGACACUGGCUUUCUUUCAAAUUAUUUUAGAGCGCCGUGGUCACCUGGGGAAUAGGUUUCUAUAGCCUGAAAACAUUUUAAAAAGCCAAUGUUCUAAAUAAAGUCUAGGGUGCCUUGACUUCUUAGAACAAAAAUAUAUGCUUAACAAAAUUUGAAGCCGUUGCCACAGGGACUUUACCAAACAAUUUUUAUAACAGCCUUUUGGCACUGUUUUUGUUCUGAAAAUAUUUUAAAAAGCCAUAGUCACCUGGAAAGAAGGUUAUACUCGUAUAAUUCAAAAUACAGAAUACAAUUUGGGUUGCCUGGACUUUUAAGAAUAAAUCUACAUAGAUGUCUAGUAAAGAUCAAGCAAGUGUCAUAGGGUCUUCACCACAAAUCAAAUUUUAAACUGGUGUUUUGGAAUUGUUCUAAGCCCUUUGAGGGUGUAGUUCAUUUGAGAAGAAAGCCGGAAUCGGUUAAUUGCAUUUAUCAAGUUCAAAAAUAUAUCUUAAAACGAUAUGUGAAAAUGGCAACUCUUCCGUGUUGUUAGUUUUUUGGUUCCCUUAUUUUUUAUCUUGCUUUCUCAUUGUUCCCAACAUUUUCGUUGAAUAUUUGUUUUGGCUAAGGCUUAAGAAAAAUAUAACAGCAAUGGCAGUGGCAGUUAGACUAGCAUUAAAUACUGCACAAUUUUAGAAACGUAAGGAAGUCAUACUCAAGAGAUUUCUUACAUAUUUUUGCCCACUCCAGAAAAGUACAUAUUUUUGUCAAUUUCCUGUCGGGUUUUAGGCAUAUGGAACAUUUUUUCUUCAUUUUUGCAUAACUGUUAGAGCUCGUAAAUAAUUUACUUAUGGUUUUGUUUGGCCGAAAGGGCAAUUGGCAUUCUUUUCUUUCCUAGCAGUUCCCCCAGAAAACAAUGAAAGCACUCACAGAAUGAUAACUUUUCGUAGCUUUGCACAACAAUUCAAAGGUUGUAUUUUAAUUACACCAUAAGCUGUAAGCCUUGCCGCCCCUCGUUCCCGUAUUUCGGCAUUUUUUCUCGGCAGCCCUUGCCGUCUGGCCCACCCUGCGAAUACGUAAUUUCAAUUUAAUACUGUGUAGGGUGCCUCUGUGGUGUGAGUCCAUUUGAGAGGGUGUGUCUGCGGGGGAGUGUGUGUGCUUUGGACUAUCAGUCAAGGGAAACAGCUCGUCGGCCCCUGGGAGCUGCUCUUUUUUGCAGCUCAAUUAAAUUGGAAUUUAAUUUCGGGCUUAGACAGCCGGCCUCUGGUCAAAGGGGCGUGGCAGGGGCUGACCAGCACACAGGCACACACACAUGGCUGGGCAACUUUGAUGUUAAUUUCGUUUUUGUUGAUGCUACGAAUUUGCGGCCAGACUCUGGCGAAUCCGGGGAUUUCGAUGAGGCUAGUAGAGCUGCCACUGCUGCUGCAGUCAAAAAUACAAAAAAUACAAAAUACAAAAAACGCAGAAAUUUAGAUGGAUAGUGUUGUAGAUACAAGAUACGCAUGUCAAUCAAAAUGCAUAAUGAGCUACAUUCGAGGGCAGUGCACCAAGUGCAUCAGAUUGAUUUUGUUUUUUAUACGAUUACGAUUACGAAUAUGAAUAAAUAAUCGCUGAUGCAAAUUAA